ACCACCAUACGGCAACAGCAUGAGCAUACACACACCAUAACAAUUGUUUUGAGGUUAUAUCCUCAAUUUGCAACAUUGAAAAUCGAAUGUUGUUUUUCUAAAUUCGUCGUUCAUAUAACUUCGGACUAUGAGUGGAAAUAUUGUUGAGCUUCUGCAUAAUUCGAUAGAAAUAUCGUCAGGCAAUAAUUUGCAUCUUAUUAAUUUUUUAAAUUCGUGUCUUGAGCAAGGUGCAUUUUACAACCAGGACAAAACCGAUGCAGUCAUCAAAUCUAUCAACAAUAGCUUAAAUAGCUCUUUUGACAAAGAAAAGGGGUUACUGCUUCUGCAAAGCUAUCUUUCACAUAUAUCCAGUGAUGCCUUCUCCAGCAAUGCCCUUUCUUGGAUGGUUAAUUGUAAUAAAUUCAUUAGUCAAAAAGAAGUAUCUGCCAGUGCACUUGCUCUAACAGUUUUGAGCAAACUAAUAAGACUUUCUGUGAAGUUUCCUGAAGUAAACAAAGAUGUAGCUAAACAAAUUGUUCCCAAGUUUUUGCAAGACCAUGUGAGGCGGAAAUCUAACCACCAGGUGUCCGUUGAGCUGCUAGAAUGCAUUCAAUCGUGCAUGAUUGAAUACCCAGGCCCUGCCGGAGAGUAUAGGCUGGACAUUCAGAAGCUGCUACUAACAACUGUAGAGGCACGGAGAGAAGUAGUAGUAGCUGCUAGUAGAUGUGUAUCUCUAGUGGCGGGGGUGGGAGGCGGGGGCAAGCAGGGAGUGUCACACAAGACUGCCUGGAGGAGACAACAGCUGGGACUAGUGAGUCUACUGCACUCUCUGCUCAACAGGCUGUAUGAGCAUGUGGACUGUCACAUGGUAAGUGAUGGUAGUAGAUGUGUAUCUCUAGUGGCGGGGGUGGGAGGCGGGGGCAAGCUGGGAGUGUCACACAAGACUGCCUGGAGGAGACAACAGCUGGGACUUGUGAGUCUACUGCACUCUCUGCUCAACAGACUGUAUGAGCAUGUGGACUGUCACAUGGUAAGUGAUGGUAGUAGAUGUGUAUCUCUAGUGGCGGGGGUGGGAGGCGGGGGCAAGCAGGGAGUGUCACACAAGACUGCCUGGAGGAGACAACAGCUGGGACUUGUGAGUCUACUGCACUCUCUGCUCAACAGACUGUAUGAGCAUGUGGACUGUCACAUGGUAAGUGAUGGUAGUAGAUGUGUAUCUCUAGUGGCGGGGGUGGGAGGCGGGGGCAAGCAGGGAGUGUCACACAAGACUGCCUGGAGGAGACAACAGCUGGGACUUGUGAGUCUACUGCACUCUCUGCUCAACAGACUGUAUGAGCAUGUGGACUGUCACAUGGUAAGUGAUGGUAGUAGAUGUGUAUCUCUAGUGGCGGGGGUGGGAGGCGGGGGCAAGCAGGGAGUGUCACACAAGACUGCCUGGAGGAGACAACAGCUGGGACUUGUGAGUCUACUGCACUCUCUGCUCAACAGACUGUAUGAGCAUGUGGAAUGUCACAUGGUAAGUGAUGGUAGUAGAUGUGUAUCUCUAGUGGCGGGGGUGGGAGGCGGGGGCAAGCAGGGAGUGUCACACAAGACUGCCUGGAGGAGACAACAGCUGGGACUUGUGAGUCUACUGCACUCUCUGCUCAACAGACUGUAUGAGCAUGUGGACUGUCACAUGGUAAGUGAUGGUAGUAGAUGUGUAUCUCUAGUGGCGGGGGUGGGAGGCGGGGGCAAGCAGGGAGUGUCACACAAGACUGCCUGGAGGAGACAACAGCUGGGACUAGUGAGUCUACUGCACUCUCUGCUCAACAGGCUGUAUGAGCAUGUGGACUGUCACAUGGAAGAAAGUGCAACGGCCUUGGAAGAUAUUGAGCUUUCCCUUGAACCAGUCAAUGAAAAGAACAUUCUGAUAAAGUCACAACGUUUGGCCACUCAGUUCUCUGCAGUGGCUUUAUUUCUACAAGCAAUGCUGUUAGAAGCGUUUCCAGUGGCUAAAGCUGUUGCGCCAGACGUAAUCUUGGAUGUUGUUGCUCAUGCUCAGAAAGCAACGUUGGCAACACUGGGUUCCACUAGGGAGGCUCUGGCUGUCACUGCAGUGCUACCAUCUGUACAAAUAGCUUCACUGCGACUCUUGGAGUCUCUAGUAAUGUGCCUGGGGCGCAACUUGGUACCUCAUGGAGGGUUGGUUGGUUACCUUUGUUCUCAAGUCAUCCAUUGGAGUCAUCAGAAGCAUUCUGACUGGCCUUACGCCAUGGUCAAACCUUACAGUCAGACGAGACAUGUUGCUUACUGUUGUCUUCAAUCUUGGCUCAGCGUGGCCGGAGCUGCUAGUCAGCUGGAUACUGUGGUGGACAAACUGCUCCCUCCACUGUUGGCUGAUAUACACGCAGAGAAACCCUCCGUUAGACUACGGGUGGGCUCCAAGGCAUCCAAGGGUAAGAAACGACAACAAGUGUUGGUGAGUGAUCAGGAUCGUAGCGAGAAGCUCAGAGACGAGACGGCUAACCACAGACUGUGUGAGCGAGCGUUGUUGACCCUGGCGGCUCUGGUGGGAGCUGCUGUGUCACGGCUCAAACCUGAUGUCAUCUCGAGCAUCACUGAAACAGUGUUACGACUAGUGGCAGACCUGCCAGUGCCAUACAGUCAUGUCAACUGCUUGACUGCACUGUACCAGCUGUUAUUUACUCUGUGCGUAGAGCCUCACCCGAGGUUGGUACCACCGUUACCGCAAGCUAUCACUGCGUUCACGGCCGGCUCACACCAUCCUUUCGGUUUGGUAAGACAGACUUGUACCGCUGCUUUGAGGUGUUUGGACAGAAUCAUUCAUCCAACGGCCGCCUCACUGUACUUCCCUGUGACGCAGGUGGAAACGGAUGAUCAAGACGACGAGGAAAACCCACCUUUGAAAAAAAUGAGAAUCGACCCUCCCCAUGAGACCCAAUCCAAAACAAUGGAAACAGAGGAAAAUGAAAUGGAACACAGAGAAAUUGUACUUGAAAAGGAAAUCAAAAUAACAGAAUGUACUUUGGCUGAUUCAGAAACAAUAGAAUUGGUUCAUUUAGAUCAUCCAAAACAGGUUAUUGACAUAGCUGAGGAGAAUGACGAAGACAACGAAAUUGAAGUGGUGGACAUUACUGGGGAAGAUGAAAAUGUCAGUCGCACUUCCAAUGGUGCUGAAGAAGGGACGGAAGUAGGGGAAAGUUCUCAAACUGCAGAUUUUGAGGAGAAAGGAACUAGAAAUGAUGGUGUAUAUGAAAAGGCUAAAACUCCACCUUAUAUUAGAAAUGAAGAUGAAUUGGACUCGACUGGUGUAGAUGCGGAAAAAGAUCAAGAUGCUGACGUAUCUCAAAUGUUGAUGGACUUUAAUGAUGAAGUUAAUGAUAUGAAUUAUGCCUUUAAAUCAGGACAGUGAAAG